AUGGAGGAUAGUCACAGACGCAAACGCCACUGCUGGGAGUGUCGUCGCCGGUGUCUCGUGUGCGACUUCACAGAGCCGGCGUGCAGACGGUGCUCGGCCGCCGGUGUUGAGUGUCCCGGGUACGGCGACGUCAAGCCUGUGAGACUCGAGUGGCUCGCGCCUGGGAGAGUCGUGUCGAGGGGCCGCAGAAGGAAAAGUAAGCGUCAGUCAGACGGGGAGAAGAGAUGCCAGGUCAACGACGUCGCGAGCCGAAGUCAGAUCCUGGCGAAGACUAGUUACGUGCCUUGGUUCGAGAUGAAGAUCGACGUCUGCGCCUUGCCUCAAGCCGCCGAGUAUUUCAACUCGUGCAUCUACCAAGACCUAGUCCCGAUCCACCAGUUUGGGCAAAAUCCGCACAUCUACCCUCUCACGGACAGGCACCUUCGCGUGGGGGCGAGGGCACCAGAGUACUUGCAGUUCGGCAUGGUCUGUAUGACGUUGAGCCACCGACUCAACCGGACGCGGAGCGACGUGCAGUCCAGAAAGGUCUUGUCCGAGAGGUUUUACAUCUACUGGGGUCUCGCAGUUCGCUCGUUGACCGAGCAUCUCAACGCGCAAGAUAAGCAGACGAGCGACAUGGUGAUUGCAGGCAUAUUAACCAUUCUGCUUGCCGACGUCCAGAACGGCAAUUCUCUGAACUGGCGCUGCCACAUGGAAGGCGUCCACAGAAUCAUCUCUCUCCGAGGGGGCUUCCGCGCAAUGGCUGGGUCGAGGAGGCUGGAGCCGCUGUUGCUUGUCCUCUGGUCCGUCGCCGUGAUUGGGAACACAACAUGCCCGGCGUCAGACCUUGCCAUGACGGAUCUCCAGCUUGACGCUCUAGAUCUUGUCGUCGAUCAAUACGUUACGUCGUCGUCGCCGUUCCAAAUGUGCCCGCUGUCGCUGUAUGGGGAGCUGAUUAGAAUCAAUCAUCUCCGAUCACGAGCUUCGAGGUCCGGGUCCGAAAGUCACGCUCAGGAGGCACAUGAGAUGCUAGAGCGCAUUCAUGAUUUUUCACCGGAAGAGUGGGCUAAAUGUAAACCUCAACUUACGCCAUCGUCUAUGGCAGACUGGGUGGCCUUGGGGGCAAUCUAUAAAGCCGCCGUGGCUUUGUACUGCGUCCUCUCGCUGCAGAGCCUCUGCGUUCUCGAAACAACGACACUGCUUAGGAAAAUCUGCGCAACAUAUGGCCAGAUCCUAAAGAGCCACCUGGAGGAAGCUCUACAGUCUCCCAAGAUGGAGCGGUUCCUCAUUUGGCCAAUGGUCCUGCUCGGAGUGGAGGCUGCACACGGCGACGCGGCGAUGCGGCGUUUUGUUUCGGAGCAGCUGCCAGAGCUGAGCUGUAGUCUCGGGACCCAUGUGCCCCUGACGGCGAAGCACGUCUUGGAGAGGUUUUGGGCGUCUGGGGAGACAAGGUGGGAUGCUUGUUUCGACAGGCCGUACGCUUUCACGGCCCAGCUCGCUGUUGACACAAGCCGGCUGUCGCUCUAUGAUGAAGAGUGA